CCCCCAUCGAAUUCCCUAGAAUGCUAUAUAAUUGAGAUUAUGGCUUGAAAUUGUACUGAAUGUACUUUCCGUGCAGGUCAAAAGUACUAGUAUAAUAAGAAAACCAAGUUUUACAAUGGGAAAAUCCUCAUGUGGUGCAGAAGAUUGUUCCAGUGCGUGUCUCGGGUGGUACCUCAAGAAAUGUUAAAUAUGAUAUUUGGAUGGAGCAGCCUUCUAUGCUUUUGUCUAGAUUGAUAGUGCCUUAUUUUUAUCAAGCAUGUGCUUGCUUAUUCCUGGUAAACAACUAUGACGUUGAUAUUCACUAAGCAAUCAGCAUUUUGAGUACUAUUUGAACCCAGGACUCUCAACGUUCCUGAAAGCCAAAAUUUAGGGUACAGUGGAAGCAGGCAGCAGAGUAAGGAUGACAUGAUUGGCAGGCAAGAUUCAGACAAUAGAUAUUCCAAUCAAAGGAAAGUGGAUUGAAGAAGCACUCAGCGUCUGCUAAACCAAAACAAACCGUUGAUUCAGAGAUUUCAGUCUCAAAUCAAAUUCAGGAGACUGGUUCGAGAGUUGAUUUUAUGACUAACGAAAUGAAAUACAAAGUCGAUCUCGACCGUGUUACUCCAGUUGCAGAUGAGAUUUCAACUAUCAAAGGUACAAAUUUUAAAGCCGUAGAGGAUGAGUUAACAUCCGUAGUCAAUCAAGUCUCUCUAGUGUCUGAUCAUAUUAAUCAUGCAACGUUCGAGACAUUGAUGACCUUUCAUGAGUUGAGAACACUUGUAUUCAUCGGCAAUUAUGGCUCUUCCUUGACAAAAUUACCAUCUGACAUGUUCAUAGCCCUCAAGUGCAUUGAAGCACUUGAUUUGAGUGGAUGUCAUUUAACAGAGUUGCCGUAUUCAAUUGGAAAUUUGAGUCAGUUGCGUUACUUAGAUCUUUCGUUUACACUACUAAAUAGCUUACUGUAUUGUAUUGAUGGUCUUCAAGAGCUACAAACUCUCAACUUGAAAGGGUGCAAGCGUCUACAUGAGCUUCCUAAAUAUAUGAAAGAUUUAAUCAAGCUGCUUUUUUUAAGUUGGCGUGCGAAUAAAUCAUAUGGUCCUGAAGAGGAACUUGCUGUAUUCAAAAGUACCGAGCAGUUUAAGCCGAAUUCGUCUUUGAUUGAGUUGGAAAUACGGUUUUACCCUGGUUCGAGGCUCCCAACUUGGAACGGUUCAGGAGAGUUUGAGAAGCUGGUUCGUAUUACCCUUACGCAAUGUGAAAAUACUCAACUCAAUGUAAGUAUAGGGGAGUUACCAAAUCUGAAGUAUCUGCACAUCAUUGAUUUAGAUCAAGUAAAGACAAUUACUCACUUUUUUCUUGGUGUGUCUUCUGUUGGAUUUCCCAAACUAGAGAGAUUGGUUAUUGAUGGUAUGCGUAGUUUGGAGACUUGGGAAGGAGUAAAAGAUGGCGACUUCCCACUCCUAUAUGAGCUCACCAUAAAUAAUUGUCCCAAGCUUGUUGGAGUUCAAUUCCUUGGAACCGUUGUGGAAAGUUUAAAUCUCUGCCAAAGAAAGCACUGUCAGAGGCACUGCAUACUCUCAUGAUAAAUCACAACCCACUAUUAGAAAAGAGUUGCUGAAAGGGAGGCAAAGAUUGGCACAACAUUCAAUCCGUGGACUAUGGACCAUGGUGCACAUAGAGCAUGGUGCACCAUCAGUGGCGGACCCAGGAUCCCAAGUCAGGGGUGGCACAAAAGCUAUACGAAUAAUUGUUAUUUCGUAUAUAAAAAUACAUUAUAAUAAAUUUUUGUAUAAAAAAAAAAUAGUGGGUAACUCACAUAAUUUUUUUUUAUGGUGUUAAAUUCGUAUAGUUGAUUCUAGACAUCACAAAGUUCAAAUAGAAUGAGAACCUUUUUGUA